AUGUGGAUAGAUUUCCCUACGGGACUCUUUCGCCCAAUGAUCUCUGACACUACUGGCAAAUUCCUUCAUCGGGUCCGCUUUGAAGUUGAGGGAUUCACUUGCGAAUUUCCUUCCAAAAUAAUCAGCGACUUUUUGCUGGCUGAAUAUCAGUUUAGAGUUGUUCUUCAACUCAAAAAUGGUGUUAAAGAAGACAGCGAGAAUGAAGGAAUGCGCAAUGAAAUGAAUACCAAAUACGUUCAGUGCGAAAGAAACCUAUAUUUCAAAGAUUUCGCUCUACCUCCUGCAACACUUGACUAUAUGCGCAGAUUCGCUAUGAAGGAUUACAGAUGGUAUCUCCGCAAGACUCUUACUAGUCACUGUGUUCUCAUUGGUGGUUGUUGCGGUCAAAACUGUGGUUGCUGCGAAAAGCGUGCAGGUCACCUAAACCUAAAAGGCAUAAAUGGUCACUGUACAUGGGCCUGUCGUUGCUGUUUAGAGAGGAAAGGAUUCAGUUUCAAAAAUUACGACGGUGAGAGCUUUGAACAGCAGUACAAGGACGAACUCGAGAGCGAUAAUCCAGUUCUUCUGCUUCGAAUAGCAGAUGGUUAUUUCGGCAAUCCUAGAACACAACCACGUUUGAAUCCGGAAUACAAUAGUGAUUCUGCGGAUAACGCGCAAUCUACUCUCCAAGAUGCAAGUGCAAAUGAUGAUGCAAAGACCAUGGAUCAGAGGGAAAUCCAAGACAGUGCCACAUGUAUAAUUUCCGAUCCCUUUCCACCGCCAUAUAAGGAGAUAGCGAAAGAUGAUGGGAAGAGGAAACAAAGGCGAACCUGGUUGUGGAAGAAGCUUUGA